AUGGGGUUGCUAGAUAAACUUUCAGGCUGGCUCGGUCUUAGGAAGAAAGAGGUCAAUGUUUUGUGCCUGGGACUGGACAAUAGUGGGAAAACUACAAUAAUAAACCAACUUAAACCUGCAAAUACACAGGCUCAAGAUAUCGUCCCAACCAUUGGCUUCAACAUUGAGAAGUUCAAGACCUCAAGCCUUUCUUUUACUGUGUUCGAUAUGUCAGGCCAAGGAAAAUACAGAAACUUAUGGGAACACUAUUACAAGGAUAGCCAUGCCAUCAUCUUUGUGAUUGAUAGUGGAGACAAAUUGCGAAUGGUGGUUGUCAAAGAAGAACUGGACACUCUUCUGAAGCAUGAAGACAUUUGCAACAAGAAGAUCCCUGUGUUAUUCUUCGCCAACAAGAUGGACCUGCAGGAUGCAAUGUCGUCCAAUAAGAUCACGCAAGCACUGUCUUUGGAGAGUAUCCAGGACAAGCCAUGGCACAUCUGUGCCAGCAACGCUAUUAAAGGAGAGGGCCUCCAGGAAGGACUUGACUGGCUUCAAGAACAAAUUUCACUGUCAUAUCAAAACAAUGAACAUAUGAACAACUGA